AUGACCUCCCCUCACGCCAGUAGCAUCGAUACCACCGAUUUGCAGUUUCAAGUCGACAAGGCAUUCGCUCCCGACAAGGAAUCUCAUUGGAAGUAUCCCAAAGACCACGAUGGUUGGGUCCACGCUCACAAUACCAUCCGCGGUGAUUUGCAGACAGCCGAAGACUGCUUUCAAGCUAUUCAAGGACGAAAGCGAGCAGAGGAUCCUUCUUCAAUGACACUGAAAGCGUGGGAAGUUGAUUGCCUCCAGACAGUCUUUGAUGCGCACUACGAGUUUGUAAAAAUGCACCACGAAAACGAGGACCACAUUAUUACGCCCUGGUUGAACACCCGCAUCAAUUUACCUGCCAAACUCACAGACGACCACGAAGACAUCGUGGGCGCAAUGAAGAGCCUACAAUCAAAGAUCCGUGGUCUCAAACCAGGUGACGAGCGACAAGCCUCGAUGGAAACUUUGUUGGCCGAAUGGAAACCUUACGCUACCAACAUGCGCGAGCAUUUGCAGGAAGAAGAAGACAUUGGACUUCCACUGAUGCGGGCUUACUUCUUGCCAAAGGAAUAUAGCAAGGUUAUCCAAAAGCUAGUGCGUGGAGAAUCCAAGCUAAUGACAGGAUGCUUUGUUCAUCGCAUGGGCGAAGAGCGCUGCCGAAACGAGUUUAUGAAGGAGCAAGGCAUCCCCUUCUUUGUUUGGUACCUUGUCUUUUCUGGGAGCAUCAAGUUGUAUGAAUCCACGGUGGGGGCGGCUAUUGAAGCACUUCAGUCUGGCGUGGAACCACCACCACCCAAGAGAGGUCUGCUCGGUUGUUGAAAUGUUGCGCCUAGCAUUGUCCCGUGCACAUCCAGAAAGACGCGAGUUACCGCGUGGGCGGCAAGCAUAAGUGAGAUUAAAACCUUUGUCGUCAGCCAUUCCGACUCUCUGCUUCGGUGAUCGAUGCUCCUCGCUUUCUUCCCCUCUCUCGAGUUGAGUGGGGUACCAAGGAUAUCCUGAUUGAUGGCUGCGAACUUGUACUGCCGUGUCAUUGCAAAGUCCAGUUGACUGUCAUCAUCUCACUACAGAACAAAAUUUAAAAACUGGUAUUAACCUAGGUUUUUACUCCCCUGGUUCAAGUACCGGAGAGGGCGCUGGAGCAGGUGCAACAGCUUCUUCUUCUGGUACUGCUGCCGGUGGUGAUGCACCAUUACCCGCUCGUGGUGGUGAAAAUGUAUUGGACUUUGAAGAUGCUUCUCCCAGUGGUUCUAACUUCAUCAAGUCGGACAUUUGCAACUGUUGGGAUGGACCAAUCAUACUGGAAGCAAAGGAUCGUUUUGAUGACGUGAUUGUAGCACUACUGGAUCGUCGAAUAGCGUCCUUACGAAUAUUUUGGGAUUCGAUCGAUGACUUGGUAGAAUCUCGCACCAAGCGUUCUAGCUUGGGAAUUUGUGGUGGUGCUUCUAAUUCCGCAGAGGCUGCUUUUGCAUUGGCUUGUUCCUUGACCCACAAGGCAGGCGGUUGCAGAUCCGUGCGCUGUGUCAAAGUGGGAGAAUAGCCAAAGACGACAAAGUCGUGCUGGUACAUUUCAUACGUCAAAUCCAAUGUUUCUUGGUCAAAGUAUUCAAACCAUUUCUUGGUGGUUUUUCGUGCAUUGGUAUGGGGCAUUCCCAGGAGCGCAUCUCUCACAGGGUCCGGUAAAUCAGAGACAGUAUUAUCUUGCUGUACUGCUUUGGGUGUAUCUUCUUUGGUUUUGAGGAAUUUGAGUUCUUCUUGUUUGACGAUUGACUGCACCAAUUGUUUGCCUUGAUAAUGUGUAUAUUCAAAUUGGGGGAUUCCGUGGCAUGGAGUAUACCACUCAUCCAUUUCACCCCUUUCUCGAUAAUGGCGUGUCGUGUAGUGAUACCAACUCUUGACAAAAUGUGGAAAGGAUUCCAUUGAUCCAAAUUUGUUGUAGCUGUACAUGGAUACCAUG